UGUAAUGCACUACUCAUCCACACCUUGCUCUCUGGCUGAUCAUUUGAGACCAAAUAGCUUCGGAGCACUAACUAGGAAUCAAUGGGUUUGCCUAAGCGCGCGAGUGCAGGCAAUGGGUUGCCCAUCAGGGUGUUGAGCCGGCGGCUGGUGAAAGCCUCUGACCCCUCCAUCAAGCCGCAUGUGGCCGCCUUCAAUAACCUGGACCUCUACCCCAACUCGGCACAAGGGUCGGUGACGUGCGUCUACCCCAAGCCUCCUACCGGCGACUUCAACUCCGUUGUGGCCGCCUUCGACGCCCACCUGCCGUCCUUCCUCAACUAUUUCUAUCCCAUGGCUGGGCGCAUCGCGGUCAAUCCGAGCUCCGGCAUGCCCGAGCUCCACUGCUUCAACCAAGGAACGGAGCUCAUCGUGGGAGACGCCGGCGUGGAGCUGUGGACCCUGGACUGGGGCCUGUCGGAGGAGUCGCUGAAGAGGAUCCAGCUGCCGUACGCGGCGGAGGUGCCGCUCUCAGUGCAGCUGGUGUCCUUCACCUGCGGGGGCUUCGCCGUCGUGUGGGCGACCAACAACCUUAUCGGCGACGGGAACGUCGGGAUCAUGCUGGUGAGGAUGUGGUCGGAGCUGGUGCGGUCAGGGACCAUCUCCGAGGGCGGACCCAGCCACGACCGGUCGCUGUUCAGCCCUCGUGAGCCGCCGCAGUACGACCCGUCGUUGGACGGCAUGUUCACCCAGUGGGACCACGAGCACGAGGUGAACGCCCUGACGGCGGAGGCAAGCUUCAUCGAGCGGCUCUACUACGUGGAGGAGCGCGACAUCGCAAUGCUGCGCGAGGCGGCGAGCACGGAGGGCCAGCAGGCGACGCGCGUCCAGGCGGUGUCGGCGUACCUGUGGAAGGUCCUUGCAGGUAUCGUGGACGCGUCCAAGCUGCUGCCCGAGGCCGAGAAGCGGUGCCGCAUGCUCUGGUGGGUGGACGGCCGAAAGCGGGUGUCAUCUCCAGAGCUCCGGUCGGCGUUGCGCAACUACGCAGGGAACGUGACGUCGUACGUGCUGGCGGACGAGGCUGUGGGCACGGUGCUGAGCAAGCCGCUGGUGGAGGUGGCGAGCAUGGUGCGGGAGGCCAUCACGUCCGUCAACUACGACGAGCUGUACCAGGACAUGGUGGACUGGCUGGAGGUGCACAAGCCACAAAAGUUCAUCGAGACGUCCUUCAUCGGUCUCGGCAGCCCCACGAUAACGCAGACGGUAUGGACGACCUUCCCCAACGACACCGACUUCGGCUUCGGCCACGCCGCGCUGGCGAUGCCGGUGGACGCCAACCUCGGGAGGCUGUGCACGGGGUUUCUGUGCGUCUCCGCCAAGCCGGGAAACCCAGGAACGUGGAUCAUCAGCGCCUUCAUAUGGCCUCGCCUCGCGGCCGCGCUAGAGUCAGACCAGCAGCGUGUCUUCAAGCCUCUCACCGCGGAGUACCUUGGUCUUACCCGUGCCAACUAUGCGCUGCGUGACGCCGUGUUUUCAAGACCUCGUCUCUGAAUUCUUCUCCUGCAAAUGCAAAUGCAAAUGCAUGCAUGUUUUGAAGAUCGAUUCAUGUUUUCUAAGCGCAUGUCUACUUGGUUGUGCAUUGUGUUGCGAGUUGUAAAAGUUUCUCCAUUGAAUAAUUAAAUAAAGCUCCAGUUUGCCUUCA